AUUGGGCCUGGCCUGUGCAUUUCGUCGCCCAUCCAAUGGGGCCGUGUUUCGUUGAUUGGAUUUAAUGCCGGCCGUUUCUGUUUUUCCCUUGCAGCUUUUGAAAACGAGUUAUUAGCCGUGCGGGCCGCCCGUCAAUCACUCUUGGACACCGAGAAUCAACCCGUUGAGCCCGCCGAAAAACAGCCCGAUCCCGAUCGACGCAUUGGUCUAACUGAGGUGGGCGUGUUCGAUGGCGACAUCUACUCGGGCGAGAAGAGCAAAUUCGAGGGCUAUCACACGUCGUUGGCCCUCAAUGAAGAUGCUGACGAGGAGGAUUCCGGCCCGGCUUUGGGCCCCAAACGCGCCAGUUACACCGCCCCGCAAGCCAUUCUCCGCGACAAUCAACGCCAGGCCGAACGGGAAGAAGCCGACCCGUUUGCCGCUCAUCAACGACCCAAGAUCGUGGAUCGCGAGGAUGAAUAUCGACGCAAGCGAAGCCAACAAAUCAUCUCGCCCGUUCGCUUGGAUCCGUUCGCCAACGGCGGGGCCACGCCCGAUGUCGGGUCUCGGGGCUAUGCCGAUGUCAUGCGCGAGCAGCAACUUCGCCACACCGAGGCCGAUCUCAAUCGGCAGAUGAAAGAUCGGGCCAAAGAGGGCACGCUUAAGGUGGUAGAUACCAAUAUCUCGCAGGGCGUGCGCACCGCGCCCAAACGUCGUGGCCGAUGGGACGUCACCACGGAUGAAACGCCUAGUAAGAAAGCCAUUGGCACGCCCAGUGCCGGAGAUGCCCCCGCCACGCCCGCCCAUUUAGGUCAAUGGGAUGCUACGCCCGGUCGACGAGAUCCGGGAUCGGAAACACCCAGCGGUGCCACACCCGCUCAACGAAUGUGGGAUCCUACGCCCGCCCACACAUCCACCACCCCCGGUCGUGACGCCCCCGGGGCGGCCACGCCCGGUGGGGCAACUCCUGGUGGCCGUCGUAAUCGUUGGGAUGAAACACCCCGAACCGAAAGGGAGACACCCGGUCAUGGCGCGGGUUGGGCCGAAACGCCCCGAACCGACCGAGGGGGUGGCGGCGACAAAACCAUUUCGGACACGCCUGGUGGCGGGAAACGCCGAUCCCGUUGGGACGAGACCCCGGGGGCUACACCCUCGGGGGCGACACCGGUGGCUGGCAAUGCUACCCCGGGUGGCGCUACCCCGAGUAUGACCCCGGGCGGAUUGACACCCGGCGGCAUGACCCCCAUGGGCAUGACUCCCAUGAGUGGGGCUACACCCUCGAUGAUGACCCCUUCCGGCGCCACUCCCAUGGGUCAGAAAGCCAUGGGCAUGGCCACACCUAGUCCGGCUCAGCUGCAAUCUAUGACACCCGAGCAACUUCAGGCUUAUCGGUGGGAGAAGGAGAUCGACGAUCGAAACCGUCCCUUGUCUGACGAGGAACUCGAUCAAAUGUUUCCUCCUGGCUAUAAGGUGCUGCCGCCACCGGCCGGGUAUAUUCCCAUUCGCACACCCGCCCGCAAAUUGACGGCCACCCCCACGCCCAUGAUGGGACAGACGCCCACCGGGUUUUACAUGCAGCCCGAGACUCCGGAUCGGAAUAAGUAUGCCGACACACAGCCCAAGGGCCAAAAUCUACCCUUUCUUAAACCCGAGGAUGCCCAAUAUUUUGACAAGCUUCUGGUUGAUGUGGACGAAGACACUCUUACCCCCGAAGAGCAGAAGGAACGUGACAUCAUGACCCUCUUGCUGAAGAUCAAAAACGGCACACCACCCAUGCGAAAAUCCGCCCUGAGACGCAUUACGGACAAAGCUCGUGAGUUUGGAGCAGGGCCACUCUUUAAUCAGAUUCUGCCCUUGUUGAUGUCGCCCACUUUGGAAGAUCAAGAGCGUCAUCUUCUGGUGAAGGUUAUCGAUCGCAUUCUGUACAAGUUGGACGAUCUCGUCCGACCCUAUGUUCACAAGAUUCUCGUGGUCAUUGAGCCGUUGCUCAUCGACGAAGAUUACUAUGCUCGAGUGGAAGGUCGAGAGAUCAUCUCCAACUUGGCCAAAGCUGCGGGUCUGGCCACCAUGAUCUCCACCAUGAGACCGGAUAUCGAUAACAUCGACGAGUACGUGAGGAAUACAACGGCUCGAGCCUUCGCUGUGGUGGCUUCGUCUUUGGGAAUACCGUCGCUACUCCCGUUUUUGAAGGCUGUCUGCAAGUCCAAGAAAUCGUGGCAAGCUCGUCACACGGGCAUCAAAAUUGUGCAACAGAUCGCCAUCCUGAUGGGAUGUGCCAUCUUGCCUCAUCUUCGCUCCUUGGUCGAUAUCAUUGAGCACGGUUUAGUGGAUGAGCAGCAAAAAGUGCGAACCAUCACGGCCUUGGCGCUCGCAGCUCUUUCCGAAGCCGCUGCUCCUUAUGGUAUCGAGUCAUUCGAUUCCGUUUUGAAGCCGUUGUGGAAAGGUAUCCGAACGCAUCGUGGCAAGGGUCUUGCGGCCUUCUUGAAGGCCAUCGGUUAUCUCAUCCCUCUCAUGGACGCCGAGUACGCCAAUUACUACACGCGUGAAGUCAUGUUGAUCCUCAUUCGAGAGUUCCAAUCGCCUGACGAGGAGAUGAAGAAAAUCGUGCUCAAGGUGGUGAAGCAGUGUUGUUCCACCGAUGGUGUGGAAGCACAGUACAUCAAGGAUGAGAUCCUGCCUCAUUUCUUCAAGCACUUUUGGAACCACCGCAUGGCUUUGGAUCGAAGAAACUAUCGCCAGUUGGUCGACACCACUGUGGAGAUUGCCAACCGCGUGGGUGCCAGUGAGAUCAUUAAUCGGUUGGUGGACGAUCUAAAAGACGAAAAUGAGCAAUACCGUAAGAUGGUCAUGGAGAGUAUCGAAAAGAUCAUGGACGGUCUGGGAGCGGCUGAUAUCGAUUCCCGACUCGAGGAGCAGCUCAUCGAUGGUAUCCUGUACGCCUUCCAGGAACAGACCACCGAGGAUGUGGUCAUGCUCAACGGUUUUGGCACCAUUGUCAACGCAUUAGGCAAGCGUGUCAAGCCGUAUUUGCCGCAAAUUUGCGGAACCAUCCUGUGGCGACUGAACAACAAGUCGGCCAAAGUGAGACAACAGGCCGCAGAUCUGAUUUCCCGCAUUGCCGGCGUCAUGAAGACGUGUCAAGAAGAGAAAUUGAUGGGUCAUCUGGGCAUGGUUCUAUACGAAUACUUGGGCGAAGAGUACCCCGAGGUCCUGGGAUCCAUCCUGGGUGCCUUGAAGGCCAUUGUUAAUGUCAUCGGUAUGAUUCGCAUGACACCUCCAAUCAAGGACCUCCUGCCUCGACUGACGCCCAUCUUAAAGAAUCGACAUGAGAAAGUCCAAGAGAACUGUAUCGAUCUGGUGGGUCGUAUUGCAGACAGAGGUCCGGAGUACGUUUCACCUCGGGAAUGGAUGAGAAUUUGCUUUGAGUUGCUCGAGUUGGUUAAAGCGCACAAGAAAGCCAUUCGUCGGGCUGCCGUGAACACUUUCGGUUAUAUCGCCAAGGCCAUUGGUCCCCAUGACGUAUUGGCCACUCUUCUAAACAAUUUGAAGGUCCAAGAGCGGCAGAACCGAGUUUGCACCACCGUGGCAAUUGCUAUUGUGGCGGAAACCUGUUCCCCGUUCACGGUUUUGCCGGGUUUGAUGAACGAAUACAGAGUCCCCGAGUUGAACGUCCAGAACGGGGUGCUGAAAUCGUUGUCGUUUUUGUUCGAAUACAUCGGAGAAAUGGGAAAGGAUUACAUCUACGCUGUUACCCCUCUGCUUGAAGAUGCUCUCAUGGACCGAGAUCUGGUUCAUCGACAAACGGCUUGCGCUGCCAUCAAACAUAUGUCUUUGGGCGUGUACGGAUUCGGUUGCGAGGACGCUCUGACGCAUCUGCUGAAUUUUGUGUGGCCCAACGUGUUCGAGACAUCGCCUCAUUUAGUGCAAGCCUUCAUGGAUGCCGUGGAUGGAAUGCGCGUCUCUCUCGGUCCCAUAAAGGUUCUGUCCUAUGUUGUUCAGGGUCUGUUUCAUCCUGCCCGAAAAGUGCGCGAUGUGUAUUGGAAGAUCUACAACUCCUUGUAUAUAGGAUCCCAAGAUGCUCUGGUUGCCGGAUAUCCUCGGAUUCCCAACGACGCCAAGAACAUGUACUCGCGCUAUGAAUUGGACUAUGUUUUGUGAACUGUUCUCACCAAUCAAUCCAUCUACCAACCAACCCUUCGUUGCCCGCCUCGUUCAUGUCCAUCAUUUGUAACAUAAAUAAUAACAAUAAAAAAUGAAUACCGAG